AUGAGGAUAGCUAAAGUCCACUUUUCCUUCGAACGCAAGGCUUCAUCAAAAGAAGACUCGGAAGCUGCCAUCGGACGACCUACCAUAGGAUGCGGCUGCACUAAGGCUUCGCAUCUGGGACUCACAUCCAGGAUCGGUCACAAGUUCCGUUUGGACAAGAUUAAGCGUGUGGCGACUCCACCCGUGGAGAUUCCGCCACCGCUGGCAGAUCCAACGUUGCUCACUUACACGGUCUCGGAAAAUACCAUCCCCAUGACCCGGCUCAUGUGGCAACAGCAGCGAGAUCUCUUCAAAGCAAAGCGUCUACCGAGUCGCAUCCGAGAAGUAAUCAUCUACUAG